UUUGAUAUCGCGUGUGUAAGGAAAUUGUUUACGCUAACAACGUAAUAUUAAGCUAACAUGAAGUUGGUGACAGGCCAUUGUUGUUGUUGAACUUUCGUCUUGACAUAUCUUGCAUUGCCAACGAUUAAACGUAGCUAACUAAGCUGCAGUGCUUGUAAACAUUUGCCUAAUGACGAUUUUACAUCAUUUACGCCUCAUUACUUUGGACUCACUAGCGAGUUAUAUUCUAGUCAACACGGCAGAUUGCUAUGUUGAUGAAAAAUGAUGUAAUCUGGGAGAAGACUGGCUAAUUUAAACAUAAUUUCCCUUAGGGAUGGGCUAGUGGACCUAUUUGCUUUGUGUUAGGCUGUCACAGUUAAGUACCGAGAGGGGAAAGCUGCCAUGUUAACACAAGCACAGAGAUGGCUGAAGCUGUGAGACCAAAGAAAGCGAAGUCAAAGACCUCUGGAAAAUCCCAGGACAAGAAGCAUAGACACACUGAAAGUGUAAGAAAAGCCCCAGGACAUGCUGGGUUAUGUGACUUGGCAUCCGCCCCGGAGUGCUCAGCACUGCCCAGUGAGGAUUUCACAGACAUCCCUCUCAGUCUGCCCCCAGAGGUCUCCCCUCCAGAGCCACUGGAUGUGCCGCAGGCCCCCAGUACAGCACUGACCCAAGGGGAACGUGAAGCGGACCAACAAAGAGGAACUUCGAGCCCCGAAACAGCUGAGUCACUACCCGUCAGUGAAAACCCAGCGAACGAGCAAUCCAAGCACAGCGAUGUAUCAGAGCUGCAGGACAUCAAAGAGGACCAACCGCUCGCACCGACAGAGCACAGGCACCACAGUCGGACUUUGCUGGAGUCAGCUCCCCAGAUCUCCAGUGUGCCAGCUCUGUAUCCCAGCCUCCCCUGUCCCUCAGUGGACGCGACGCUACUGUCAGUACAGCCGUCUGACGGCUGCUCGCUGGUGGUGGAUGCCUCCCUGCAGCGCGUCGCCACCAUCAUGAGCAGCCCUCAGCUGAGGGACCCCGCGGUGCUCCCCCUGGUCGAGCAGGAGUCCUCCCCUCCGAGCCUGGUCCCGGUGGAGGCGGUCGAGGCGGAGAAGCCCCCGCGGCAGAGGCUGUACCCGGAGCUGCCCAGGCCACCGUCCUGCACCGCGGUCCAGGCCUUCACCAGCGAGCAGCUGCGGCUGUGGGAGCCGGGCUCCUGGCUGGAGAACGUGGAGCUCCACGCCACCGAGUUCCAGGCCCUGGCGCACCAGGAGGGCCACGAGCUGCACGAGCUGCUGCUCAACUACUGGCGCUGCCGCAAGCAGCUGACGCAGGCGCAGACGGAGCUGCAGGCAGCCAACUCGGACAGCAAGAGCACGCAGAACCGGCUGUGGAGCUUCAAGGACGAGCAGCUCACCCUGCAGGGUGUGUGUGCCGACCAGGCCAAAGUGUGUGGCUACCACCGCUUCCAGACGGUGGUUCUGAGCGAGGCGGCGGUGGCGGAGCUCAAGCACCUGUUCGAGGCCAAGUCGGAGCUGCUGCACCAGACCGUGGCCCUGCACUCCUACACCACCGUGCUGUCGCGCCUGCAGGUGGAGUCCUACCUGUACCGGCUGCUCGGCAGCAACUCCCUCACCAGGAGCGUGGCCCUGCAGGAGACAAGCUCAGGCUGUCCCGGUGGGAAAUCAUCACAGCCCUCCUCCCUGAGAGCGCUGAAGGAGAGCAUCAGUGUGCUGUUCAGCUUCACUCGCAGGGUGCUCGACGACUCCCAGUUCCAGGCGGACAUACACCUCUGGCUGCAGAAGCUGGUGACGGUCCUGCACAGAGUGGGCUCAGCUGGAGAGCAUCUCUACCUGCUCAACCACCUGCUCUGCUGCCCCGCUGGAGUGGGGAAGUGGGCAGUGUCCUUCCUGCAGAUUACGGUGCUGGAAAACCCCUCUGGGGUGUAUCACUUCAUGCAGGCUCUAGCUAUACUGAUGUCUCCAGUCAGGGACCGAGCGGACUUUCUGUGUCACAUGAAGCCAUGUGAGACCAAGUCCCCCCAGUCCAGCCACUCUGACCCGGCGUCUGGAAACUGGACAUUGGUGGACGAGGGUGGAGAGGAGGAUGAAGACCCAGACACAAGCUGGCUGCUGCUGUCGGAGGAUGACCUCAUCGCCCUCUUCUCUCAGUUUCCUUUCGAUGAGCUCUUUAAACACUUGCUGGGCAUGUCCUCGGAAGGUAACUACCUGCCCCAGGCCACGACCAGUCAAAAGAUGAUGAAGAUAUUCGCCUUUGCCUCCUCUCUGGUCGAGCUUCUUGCCGUGGGCCUGCGGACCUACAACAGGGCUCGCUACCGGCAGUUUGUGAAGCGCAUCGGCCACAUGAUCAGGAUGACCCUGUGCUACGUGAGCGAUCACUGGGCCCAGUACAUCAGCCUGACGGGCGUGGGCCGGACCACCGUGCAGGAGCAGUCCUUCUCCAUGGAGAAGCUGCAGGUGGAGUUUGACCACCUCUUCCUCCGCGCCGUCCUGCACGUCCUCAAGGCCAAGAGGUUGGGGAUCUGGCUCUUCAUGUCGGAGAUGCCUUACGGCACGCUGUCCAGCGUCAUGCUGUGGAAGAUCUUCUACAUCAUGCACUGCGCUGAGACCGAGGGACUGGACAGGCUCAGCUCAGCUCUGGGAGUGGACCUGUGCAUCCAGAGCCUGAGAGAGCCCAGCCACCAGGAGAAGUUUGAGCGCUGGCUGUCGGAGAUAAACAGCUCAGAUGGGAUCUGCCUGCUCACCACGUUUGCGCACAUGGCCCAGCCCAAGCGCACGGACGCCGACCCCGAGUUUGUCAAGACCAUCGUGCUGGAGAUUUACGAGGUGGCGUACGUAAGUGUUGCCACGCGGGAGACCUUCUCUAAGGUGGGCAGAGAGCUGCUGGCGGCCAUAGCGGCUGCCCAUCCCCAUGUCAUCUCAGUGCUGCUGGAACGUUUACAGGAGACCAUUGACAAAGUGGGCAUGGUGUCCUUGUACCUGUUUAAGGAGCUCCCGUUGUACCUGUGGAAGCCUGUGACCAGUGAGGUGGGAGUGAUCCGUGGCUGGCUGCUGGACUUUGGCCUGCCUGCCGUGGAGAACAAGCUGGCCUGCAUCAUCCUGGAGGGACUUAACUGGGGCUAUCACCCUAAUGGUUGUCUAGCCUUGCCAGAUGCCCUGCACUUAGAGGUGGCUCUGUUAGCAGUGGAAGCCUAUCAGAAAUACCUCACAGACAAACCAUAUGGGGGCAUCAUCUCAGAAAGCAUCAAACAGGUGUCCUACCUGGCUAACGUAGUGCGGCUGGGCCAGACCCCCGAGACGUCCUUCAACCAGUGGGCCUGGGACCUGGUGCUGCGCCUGAAGCUCCACGACAACGAGCGGCGUCUGAAGAACGCCUGGAACCCUGCGCCCGCCAGUGCCCCGCUGGUGCCCGACGUCACAGACAUCCCCGUCAUGCACCCGGUGCUCAAGGCCGUCAAAGCAGGCAUUCCCAUUGGCUGUUUUCUGGCCAUUGCAAUGACCACCACUGGACACAGUUUGGAGAAGUUCUGCAGUGAGGGUAUUGCUUUGUUGAAGAUCCUGGUCCAGUCCCGUCACCUCAAAGCCGUGGUACACGUUCUGGACAAUCUCCUACCUCUGGUCUACCCGUGCCAGUUCUACUUGCUCAAGAACGAACAAUUCCUGAGCUGCAUCCAGAUGUUUCUACAGCUGGACAGCGGGACCCCCCAGGGAGUGACCCAGCAGGUCACACACAAGGUGGCCCAGCACCUCAUCGGAACCUCCCACAGCGAGAACAUCAAACUCCUCAACAGUGUCAUUCAGGCCCACAUCCUGGAGAGUUCUAGAGCCGGCCGCGUGGGAGCGGCUGCAGUUCUGGAGUUCUGGGUGCAGGUUCUAACAGAGCAGAAUUCCUGGCACCGGGACAAGACGGUGCUGUACCUGCUGGAUCACCUCAGCCGUGCCGCUUUCCUGCACCAGCACGAGGAGUGCCUUCAGAAGAUCCUCUACCAGCAGCAUAAGAAUGCCUUAGGUUACCAUGGAGACAAAGGCAUUCUGUCUUCGCUGAUGAGCUGGAUAGUGGCUGGAAAUGUGACCCCUUCCUUUGUUGAAGGCUACGCCAUGACUGAAGAGGUGUGGUUUGCCUGGCUGGUGUUGAACAUGGAGUCCAUCUUCGAGGAGGACUCCCAGCUGCGGCGCUGUGUGGAACACGAGCUUCUGUCCAGCCCGGCCAGCCAUCCCGACCAAGCCCUCAAGAAAGCUCAGGUGCGCCUGAAGCUACCCGUGGUGCCCUCCCUGCAGAGGAUGAUGGUCUACCGCUGGGCCCAGCAGGCCCUGGCCACCCCCGCCGACCACCCCCUCCUGCCGCUGGUCUGGCAGAAGUUCCUGCAGCUCUACCUGCGCCAGCCUGGCCCGGAGUUCGGGCUGGAGGCCAAGGGCUGCAUUGGGAAGCGCUACUUCCACGCCGCGGCCCACGCGGCCCUGCUCAAGGACCUGAGGCAGCGUCUGGUGGAGGUGUCCGACUUCCACCACGCCGCCAGCAAGGCCCUGAAGGUGCCGCGCUCCCCCGGCGAGGGCCCGGGAGACGCCGAGUCCCAGCCGGCCACGCCCAUCACCCAGUACAUGACCUCCCCUGAGCUGCACAUCGAACUCGUCAGGCUCUUUGGUGUCUUUGCCGUGUGGUUGGACGACGAGAACCUGCAGAAGCAGGAGGUUUACCUGCCCUCUCUGCCAAAGCAGUACGACGCACACAAGCUGGCCAAGAUCAUGCAGAGGCAGCAGGAGGUGUGGAUGGAGUAUGUGGACAUUGAGCGCGUGCAGCACGAGCUGAACGAGGUGCUGGACCUGUGGCAGAAGGUCAACAGCGAGCCGUCCUACCUGCACGCCACCAGCAACUCCAUCUUCACCGACUUCAUCAACCCGCACGCCGCAAAGGAGCGCAUCCUGACCAACCUGAGGAAGCACGACGCGCCGCAGGGUGCCCUGCAGCUGGUGCCCAUGAGGGCGCCCGUGCCCGACGUCCCGACCGCGUGUCUGUCCGAGGAGGCCGCCUCGUCCGCUCUCCUCCACGAGGAGCUCACCAAGCUCCAGCACCAGGCCAGACUUGCAGCGCUGCGGGAGACCCAGCAGGUGGCGCUGGACAGCGAGCUGCUGGAGCUGCUCCCCCAGCUCUACUGCAACCGCGAGGAGCAGCUCAGCAUGCAGCUGGAGUGCAAGGGCAAAGGGGGCCAGGCCUGCCAGGGCGCCGCCCACAUCAACGCCAAGUAUGAGGGCAUGCACCUACAGGAGCCCGUGCAGAUGCAGAUCCAGUCCCUGAAGAGCGACAUCAAGCAGCUGCAGACGGACGCCAUCAAGCCCCCGCCCCAGAGCGUGGCCGAGGCAGCCGUUCACACGGAGAACUUCAUCACAGCCCUGGUGAACGCCUUCAAGCUGCACCCAUCUCCGGCCGUGCAGAAGGUGGGCAUCACGGCCUUCUAUCAGGUGGUGUCGUUCGUGUGCGAGGACACCCUGCGCCACCCUCCCACGCGCCAGUUCUUCUCCUCCUGCGUGGAGAUCCUCGGUCAGGUGUUUAUCCAGGGCAUCCAGACAGAGUGCAGGCACAUCUUGAAGACCAUCCUGCAGAACCGCCGCCUCUGCAACCUCCUGUCGCCCUACUUCACGCCCAACGCCUCGCCGGCCGAGCUGGUGGCGCUCUACGAGAAGGUGGUCAAAGCCCUGCACGCCGACAGCGGAGACGUCAUCUUCAUGCUCCUCACCAAGUUUGACCUGAGCCAGUGGCUGGCGGGAGCCCAGCCGGCGUUCCCCGAGCGCAGCCGCCUGAUGGAGCUGAUCCACCUGGCCCUGGGGGCGUGUGGCCUGCAGCCCGAGCCCGAGGUGCUCCUGCCCUUCAACCUCUUCUGCAAGCACUGGACACGCAUGCUGUGCCACCAGUUCCCCGACCACUACAGCGACUUCCUCCGCCUCCUCAUGCAGAGUUCGUCCGAGCAGCUGCUGAGCCCGGAGUGUUGGAGGUCUUCGCUCCGAGUGCUCGGCUGUUCCCCGCCACCAACCAGGAAGAAGGUGGCCAGAGCCCCCAGCUCCUCCUCCUCCUCCUCUUCCUCUUCCUCCCCAUCCCCCAAAGCUGGCUCUGGGUCCGCAUCUAUCUACCUCUCCCCACAACAGGUGGACGAAACGAUCGAGUGGCUGUCCAACUACUUCCUGAAGCUGCGUCUCUCGAAGGGGGACUUCCGCAGCUUCGGGCUGCUCUGCAAGUGGGCGCCCUACAUCGAGGAGGUCAAGGCCCUCCUGGGGUACCUGGUCAACUACGUCAUCAGUCUGGAAGUGAACAACUGUGCCAAGGAGCCGUUGGGGAGCGCAAGACUACUCAAAGCUCUCCAAGAUCUGCAGUCAAAAAUGGCCAAACUCUUCAAGCCAUGGAUUCUGGUCCUAGACACUGAUGAUGCCAGUAAUCCCCGCUGCUACCCCUGGCUUGAGUCAGACACUGCGAUUGCCACUGGCCUUGUCUCCCUUUACGCCCAGCUGACCGACACCCUACAUGAGAAAUUCAAAGAUCGUUUGCUUCCUGGACAGAGAGGCGCCCUCUGGCUUCACCUCAUGCACUACUGUGAAAGCUGCACGUCCCCCAAGAUGCCCGAGUACCUGCUCUACGCCUACCACAGCGAGUACAACCUCUUACUGUGGAAAGACCUGCACCCAGACCAGGCUCUCAUGAGCCAGUUCUUUAACGUGGAGCGGGGCAGCCCUAAGAGCUGCUUCCUGUUCCUGGGGGGCGUGCUGUGUCAGGUGAACUGGGUGAGCGUGCUCAGUGAGGCCCUGGGCCCUCAGCCCGGCCCCGGGGCCCAGACCAUGGUGGUCUACUUGCUCUACAUGAUGGUGUUCCUGGCCAAGGAGGACCACCUGCUCAGCAAGCCUGAGUCACCUCUGCUGAGUCUGCUGGGACAGUCCAGCUCGGUGCCCUGGCACCUGGUGGACUCCUCGGCCUACGAGAACGUCACCGGCUACGUCAACACCCACUACCCCUCCUCCCUCAUCCUCAGCCACGACACGUCCUCCCAGCUCGUCGUCAAGCUCCUCAAGAUGGCCGCCGGCUUCGGGCCAGGUCUGGAGGGCAAACAGCACCGGGACAUGACGCUGAAGUGCCAGGCCUUCCUCCGCCUCAUGGUCCAGUUCCUGACUGCCCUGGACCAGAACGGGAACAUCAGUCUGGCCUCCCUGGAGCUGGAGAUGGAGAAACUGCUGGAGUGCAUUGUGGUCUUCAACCCACCGGAGACCGACCUGCAGCAGAGACACAUGGCCACCUGCAGCCUGUUCGCCGAGCUGCUGAGCCUCCUCAACGGCGCCGGCGUGUCCACGGCCGAGGGGCUGGGCGCCAAGCUGCACAGCUGGGUGGAGAAGAGGGCCCGCGGGCCGCUGGUGCUGCCCCUGCUGACCGCCGCCUGCCGCUGCCUGGCCUCCGUCCGCCACAUGGCCCGCGCCACCGAGGCCUGCAUCCUCUCCUACUUCGCCGACGGAGGCUGCGCUGAUCAGUACUUUGGCUGGGGUCCUAUUUUGGUGUCCUUGCAAGUGCCCGAGCUGACCGUGGGCGACUUCAUCCAGGAGAGCCUGUCCCUGGGGAGCUUCCUCACCCUCUACGUCUACAUCCAGCAGCGGCUCAACCUGGACCAGACCGUGGUGAACGAGAAGAGGACCCUGUCACUGCUGACCACCUGGCUCAACCUAGUCUUCCCCAGUGGCCCGGCGGACGAGGCCAAGCUCUUCUUGUGGUGGCACAAGUUCCUGCUGCUGAUCCAGGGCCAGGUGGAUCUGGGGGACGCGUGCGCGCUCGACUACCUGACCCUCACCCUGCUGGCCUUCCAGGCGCGGCUGGCCCUGCUCGGGGAGGAGAGGAUCAACUCGGGCAUCCUGGGAGCCAUCGGCCUGGGCAGGAAGUCUCCUUUGUCCAGCAGGUUCCGCGUGGUGGCUCGCAGCCUGUCUGCCUUCCUCCUGGUGCAGGUGCCCUCGGAGAACCAGCUGCGCACCCAGGCGGGCCCCGGGCUGCCGCUCUCCGCCAAAGCCCAGCAGGCCCUGGCCGUGCUGGAGUCCAUGCCUGGCAACAAGCAGUACGCUGAGCUCCAGGAGGCUGUGGGCCAGGCCCGCGAGUUCAUCAUGCACCACGGCUACUGUCUGCGCGACGCCAGCCGCCUCCUGGCUCUGCUUGUCAACUCCCUCUACAAGGACCUGCACUACCUAGACAUCAUUCGUUAGCACACACACUCUCUCACACACACGCACACACACUCACUCACUCACUCACACAGACACACACACACACACACACACACACACACACCGAAUCUCACUGCAUCUCACCCCCUUUGAACUAGGUGGUAACACCGUGCUUUGACUGUGAGGCAGGAGCUGAGCAUCAUGAGCGGGGACAUAACUGGAUGGUCUGUCGCGCGGAAGAACUCAUCCAUUCCGCAGACAGAACCGCAGGAACGGAGCUCGGUUCUCACCAUCACGCACUGUCGUUUUAAGAACAAAACAAUCAGUCGGACACUAAAGGUGGUGGACUGGCCUUAUGGUUGGUCAAGGCGGGGGCGGACACUAGUCCUCUUCCUAACGCACAGUAGGCUCGUCCCCUCGAUGCCGUGGCCAGGCGUGGAGAAGAGCCACUGGAGGUCUCGCUGGUUCCCUCCUGCCCAGUGCAGAUGCUCGCAGCCUUAUGGCCUUGAUGCUUGAAGAGAGCUCCAAGUGUAAUCAAGUUCUCACGUGCUGAUUCAGUUUAGCUGGCUUAUUUUUCUUUGCCUUUCGCUCCCACUGUCUGCCUUUUAUAUAGAAAACUGGAACUAGAACAACAGAAAAUAUAUAAAAUCAUGUGGACAUUUUUAGGGUUUGGACAGUUGCCAGUAAGGUUUUGAUUUUUUGUUAUUUGACCAUCAGGUAUUUGCACUGAAACAUGCUUGCAAAUUCUUCAUUUGCAUUGAUUCAUGCUGUUGAAAUUCACUUUGCCAAACUGCCCUCAGCACUUUUUACCGUUUGUGUAGUCAUGUUUUAAUCCCGCCUUUCAAUCUAGCGUGACUGGUGACUGAUAGAAGUGCCAGAGGAGGAUCACUCGGGGCACGCCAGAUUCCAUGAAAUGUCGAGGGGCUCCACCUCUCCUAAUUUGGGUCACUGGAGCACGGCACCGGUUGCGUAGAUACAGCAUGUUGACACAUCAGAGCAGCGUUGCAUUCUUCCACUGGAGUCCAGGCUUCAGUUUAGGUCCUGAUAUGUAGUUUAUUUUCUCUCUCUCUCUCUAUCUCUCUCUCUCUCUCUCUCUCUCUCUCUCUCUCUCUCUCUCUCUCUCUCUCUCUCUCUCAUACACACUCUGUCUAUCUCUCUCUCCUCCUCUUCUCCUCUCUCUUUCACUCACUGUCUCUCUUCUCUCUCUCUCUCUCUCUCUCUCUCUCUCUCUCUCUCUCUCUCUCUCUCUCUCUCUCUCUCUCUCUCUCGCUCUUGCAUCUCGUACUCAGUUACUGAUUUUUCUGCCCUGGCGUCUGAGCAUGCACAGGGCCAGAUUGUAAACUGUUUGCAUGCUUAGCGGGUGCCGUCACAAGCUAUUUUCUUUUCUCUUCCUUCAGCCAAUGCGCGAAGACUGAAUCAUCCUGAGAAAAAGAAGUCACGUCGAACACAUUUUCUUUUUUGGGGGGUUGUUUUUCUUUUAGUCACAGACGCGCAUCAGAGUAGUGUGUCAUUGCAGAUGAUCAAUACCCUGUGUUUUGCCAAGUUGGGAUGUGUGAAUGUCAGUUCAGUUCUGCUUUUAUUUAUAUUGUUUGUAAAUGUUCAAGGAUAUUGAUAGAUGCAAGUGAUGUCCAUCCGUGUCCAUCUUAAAAUGUACUUCUGCACACAUACACUUCUACUGACAUCACACACACACACACACACACACACACACACACACACACACACACACUGUUGCACUUUGCUUGUCCCACAAUACAAUAUUUGUCCAAUCAGUUGCUUUUAAAUCAAAUGAUUACAUUUUAUCAGCGUAAUAUGUAAUUUGAGCCUAGGAUAUCGUAUAUCAUUUAGGGAUACAUUCUUUGGAAAAAUAUGUGUUUGAUGAAGACAUUGCGAUGUGAUAUCUCACAGUGUUUUGCUGGCCUUAAGGUUUGUGUGCAACAUCUUGGUUUCAUGUUCUCAUAAUAUUUGUGCCAUGUUUCUUAUGUUCUAAAUACAUUAACCAAAUGUG